GGUGACCAGGCCUCAUGGACUAUCUCUGUCAGACUGUUUGGAAGUUUGGGCUACAAUUUACUCUUUUAGAGUUUUGUGCUGCUAAAAAUUAUAAUGGAGCCUUGAGAAGUUGAUGGUGGCAUGAUGCUGGACCCUUUCACCAAAAUGAGCUUAAUGGACAUUACCAAGAUUUUCUCUCUCCUCCAACCCAAAGAGGAUGAAGAACAUGACUGUCAGCAGUUAAAUAAGGCCAUUGCUGAAGAUGAUGUCAAAUGUCUGGCUGAUUUGCUCUCUCAAGAACGGUACAAGAGAUGUAUCAAUAGCAGAAGUGGCUGGGGAAUACCAAGUACACCACUAAAAACUGCAGCUGCCCACGGUCACCUCCGCUGCCUAGAGUGCCUUUUAGCCCAUGGUGCCGAGGUGGACAGUCUGGAUGUGAAAGCCCAAACUCCUCUUUUCACAGCUGUCAGUGGCAAACAUAUUGGCAUUGUCUCUGCUUUGCUCAAAGCUGGUGCUGAUCCUAAUGGAAGCCAAUAUAACAACUGUUCUCCAGUGCUAACUGCAGCCAGAGAGGGAGAUGUGGACAUUCUGAAGGAGCUGCUCUAUUACGGUGCUGAGACUGAUGUCAGGGCCAAAAUACCAGAUUGGGCUACCAAUGCCACAACAUGCCGAGGACCUCUCUACAUUGCAGCCAUUUAUGGACAGCUGGAGUGCUUUAAAUUGCUGUUGCUACAUGGUGCCGAUCCAGACUUCAACUGCAAAGAGGAGAAAAUACUGGCAAGGAUCAAACAUUCAAACACUGUGCUGGACACAUGUCUCAAAUAUGGGUGCCAAUCUGAAUACAUUAAGCUACUAAUAGACUUUGGAGCCAACAUAUAUAUUCCAAUGGUUAUUACUGACAGAAUGAGAGAGCAUGAUGAGGCUGUCAUGUUGGUGCUUAGAGAAAGAGUUUCCCCCAAAACACUGAUGUCCCAGACUAGGCUUGCAAUACGGAAGUACCUUUCUACUGCACAUCAACUGGACAUGAUUGAUUCACUGGAUAUUCCACAAAUGCUAAAAAAUUAUUUGAAACAUACUACAUGAACUAUGCUUUAUGCCAUCUUUUUUGUGUUACCUUAAAUACUAUAAACUAGGGGUGUUCAGUGUUCUCCAAAAAGGGCCAGUGUGCGGGCAUGUUUUCAUACCAAACCAAGCAGAAGACACACAUGACUCUAUUGAAAGCCAAGAUAAACUGAUUGAACAGGUGGAAUCAAGUGUGGCUACUGCUUUGUUGGAAUGAAAUCCGGUACCCACACUGGUCCUUUUCAGGUAAGAUUGGACACCCAUGCUUCAAACUUUAGGUAGGACAUGUACUGUAGUGUGGUUCACUGGUAAUUAAAGUUAAGAUUGUACAGUACAUGCUAUAUAUGUAUACUAUGUACAUGAAAAGAAAUUAGCCUGUUUGUGCCCAUAUGUGAAUAGUUAUUUUAUAUACAGGUUAUUGGAUCUAGAAUUCUGCCUUCCAUAAAUAAUACUAUGUACUACAUUUAAGUUGUCCAUAUACAUAUACCCACACCGAUCAGCCAUAAUAUUAUGACCACUACAGUUGAAGUGAAUAAGACUGAUUAUCUACUCAUCAUGGCACCUGUUAGUGGGUGGGAUAGAUUAGGCAACAAGUGAACACCACUGAAAGCACAAACAAUAUGCACCUGAGCAUCAGAACUGGACCACAGAGCAAUCAAAGUAGGAAGUCUUGUCUGAUGAAUCACGUUUUCUUUUCCCUCAUGUGGAUGGCCGGGUGUGUGUGCGUCAUUUACUUAGGGAACACAUGGCACCAGGAUGCACUGUGGGAAGAUGUCAAGUCGACAGAGGCAGUGUCAUGCUUUGGGCAAUGUUCUGCUGGCAAACCUUGGGUGCUGCCAUCCAUGUGGAUGUUACUUUGACAUGUACCACCUAUCUAAGUCAUGGAAACGAUUUUCCUUUAUGACUCUGGCCUCUUUCAGCAGGAUAAUGUGCCAUGCCACAAAGCAAACAUGGUUCAGGAAUGAUUUGAUGAGCACAACAACGAGUUUGAGGUGUUGACUUGACCUUCAAAUUCCUCAGAUCUCAAUCCAAUCAAGCAUCUGUGGGAUGUGUUGAACAAACAAGUCCAAUACAUGGAGGUCCCACCUCACAACUUACAGGACUUAAAGGAUCUGCUGCUAACAUUUUGGUGCCAGAUACCACAGCACAACUUCAGGGAUCUAGUGGAGUCCAUGCCUCAAUGGGCAGAACUGUUUUGGCAGCAAAAGGGGGACCAAAACAAUAUUAUGCAGGUGGUCAUAAUCUUA